AUGUGGACUCACGAUUUAAGAACGAUUAGAAACAAUAAGCAUUUCAGGCUUCUUCCAUAUACAAGUAAUAUUUCAUUUCAAAAUAACGAUGCCGCGUGUAAAUUUUUACCGUCAUUAACGAGGAAACAACGAAUGCUAUGUAUCAGAAAUCCGUACGUCAUCGAACAAAUUAUUUCCGGUUUAAAGAGCGCCACAAAAGAAUGUCAAAAUCAGUUUAAGCACAAUCUUUGGAACUGCUCAAUAGUAGAAAAAGAAUUUCUCACAACACAAAUCAAAAUAGCAACACGUGAAACGGCAUACAUAUUUGCGCUAUCAUCUGCGACUGUGAGUCGAACAAUAGCUCGUGCUUGUUCGGAAGGCAAGAUCGCUAGCUGUAGUUGCGGUCAACAGCCGAGACGAAUGUCGAAGCAAUUCAUCUGGGCUGGUUGUUCGCAUAACGUUAAUUAUGCAAACCAUUUUGUGCGAAAAUUCUUUGAUGCUGUCGAACUAGAGAAUGCGAACGAUGCUCGUUCGAUGAUGAAUUUGCAUAAUAAUCGUGUGGGGCGAGAAAUUUUAAAGAAAAAUAUGCGACGUGAAUGUAAAUGUCAUGGUAUAAGUGGUUCAUGCGUUAUGAAAACAUGUUGGAAAGUUGUGGCUGAACUCGAACGUUUAGCCGCAGUUUUGAAGAGGAAAUACGCAAAUGCUGCUAAGAUUAAAGCAGUUACCGAUGGUGAUUCGCUAAUUCUGAAAACUGAAAGACGUUCAACAGGUCGCACUGGUCGAUUCUUGGAAUAUUCGAGGAAACUGCCAAAUAAAAAUGAAUUAGUUUUUCUUGAUGAUUCACCAGAUUACUGUAUAGUUGAUGAAAGCAAAGGUGUACGAGGGACUCAGAAUCGUGAAUGUGGACAAAAAUGCGAGAAAAUUUGUUGUGGACGAGGUUAUCGAAUUGUUCGAUCUACAGUUCAUGAACAAUGCAAUUGUAAAUUCAUUUGGUGUUGUGAGGUACGAUGCGAUAUUUGUAAAAAAAUUGUUUUUCAUAAUUUCUGUUUCUAA